AUGCCAGCCUCAAUCAUGGUCGAGCCUACCGUUGUGCGUGAUCUGCACGACGAUGAGAAGCUCGUCCUGGAUGAUUUCGAGGCUCACAUUGCCCGCUGCACUCCCUGUGCCCUGGCCAUCGAAACUCACGAGAACUAUCACUGCGAACAUGGCUACCUCCUCGCUCUCGACGUGAGCAAAUACCUAUACAGUGAAGGUGGAAAGCAGUUCGCGGCAGUGGACAGAGAAAACGGCAAGCCACGACGAGUCAAGCUUCCCCGCGACUCAAGUGCAACCCGCAGCCUCCUCGACUCCAUUGAGAAGGGCAUGCGUCUCCAGUCUCCUCGUCGAGGCCGUGCUCCUGCCGUCCGCCCUCCCCACUCUGCUAGCUCUAGCAAACGGCCCGUCGUGGAGCAGUCUGUGCCUCGCUCUCACACCCCAGAGUCCCAUUCUACUCCCCUUCAGAUCAUUGAACGCUCGCCAUCCCUCAGCAAGCGUCAUGUCAUCGUCUACCCCGGUUCCUCUCGCCAGUCUUCCCGAUCAUCGAAUGCCUCCAGCCGUAGCCCUUCCAACCGGGGCUCGCUGUACAUUCCCGAUCACCUGGAUCGUGAAGAGCGACGAUACGAGACCCGCGGCCAUCGCUACCACCGAUGA